UUAUACUAUAUAGUUUAUGGAUUAGUAGAAUGCUGUUUGUUGAUAUUUACAUUUUACUUGACAGUGUCUAAUAUUCUGUCGUUGUAAUUUUUCUUUCACAAAUAAUAAAUAUAUGUUAAAUAAUUCCUUUUCUUCACGCACGUGUUAACGCGCGUCAAGUCAAGAGUGCGAUAAAGGAUUGCUCGCCUCAAAAUUACGUGAACGCGGAACGGUAGCAGCUAGCAGCGGAAAGCGGAGUAGGAGAUCGUUGAAGAUCCAACGACUUGCAUCGCUUCUCUCGAAAUGUCACAACAAAGUGCUAUCGUGCAGACAACAACGACAACGACAACAACGACGACUACAACGGGCUCGGAAAUGACACCCGUGCUUGGAACUCUACAGUCCGUGGGACCUAAUAAUCAGACGUCACCAGUUUUGUCUAACGUGCAAAGCGGUGGCACUACCACAACCGCUGUACAGCCACAAACGCAAUCUCAACAAACUCAGUAUGUUCCCCAGCCUCCGAAACCAGUGCAAUCAUCCACUCCAAGUUCUUUUAGCGAUUUUCCACAAUUUUUAACAAAAACAAGGCUACAAGACUUGGUGAGGGAAGUAGAUCCUACCGAACAAUUAGAUGAGGAGGUGGAAGAGAUGCUUUUACAAUUAGCGGAUGACUUUGUGGAAACAACGGUAAACGCAGCUUGUCUAUUAGCUAAGCAUCGUCAUGCCAACACGGUAGAAGUUAAAGAUGUACAGUUACAUUUAGAAAGAAAUUGGAAUAUGUGGAUUCCCGGUUUUGGUACAGAUGAAGUGCGUCCAUAUAAACGAGCUACUGUCACCGAAGCGCAUAAGCAAAGACUAGCGCUUAUACGAAAGUCUAUCAAGAAAUAUUAAUCCUUUUGUGAAUUAGUUUAUCAGUUGUGAAGAAUUAAAAGCUAUUUUAUAUAUUUUUAAUCUCAAGCUAUUGUGCCGCUACAAUGAACGUCUUGUAACAAAAAUGUUCAUCUUGUACAUAAUUUUUCCUUUUCACACAUGUGCCAAUUGGUUUUUUUUCUUUUUAAUAGUUUUUAGUUUUACUAUAAUCCAGAUGAUAAAAAUACGUUUGUAUAAAAACAGCAAAUUUCUUUUAACUUAUGCUACGAAAGUUUCUUUAUGUACAAAGUAUUUUUUUUUAAUUCUUUAAUAAAAUGUUUAAUAUACAUAUAUUUAAGAAAA